GCCAGGAAUAACAGCAAGCACUCGCAGAUAGUGGUGUAGUUUGUGCUAAAUUUUUGGUUGAAUUAAGACUACCCUAAUAUAAUUACUUAGAAUAGGUACACUUUUAGGCUUAACAGCUUGAGAAUGGAUACUGACUGGAUUGCAUACAAGUGUAAAUCAGGGCAGAUACUUUUUAUCUAUAACAAAGUAACUGGCGAACACAAAUGGCCCAACGGAGAUAGCUCAUCAGAGGACAGUGUCAUGAAUGGCGAACCAAUUAUACUUAAAGAUGUACGCAGUGUGGGUAUACAGACUGAUGAUUCUGGAUGUCCUAAUGGCUGCACUUCUAUCUAUACUUCUGCAGCAAAUACACAGCUUACCACUGAUAUGGAAGAAGAUAUCUCAGAAUCUAAAACUGAAGAAAUGAGUGGAUCACACAUGGAUGAAAUUUCUGAAAUGAUACAAGUUCUGGAAGAAUACAGUGUUCCUUCAAGUACAGGUAUUACAGGAAGUAACAGUGGACAUGAGGCAUGCAAUGAAAUAAUUCAACAAGUGAAACAAGAGCCAGAGGAUGCAGAAGAACAUACAGCCAAAUACAAUCAUUAUAACAGUACCACCGAUGGUGAUGAUCUACAUAGUGAGAACGAAGAAUUUAGUACUGGUACUCAGCAGACAAAUGAGAAUAAGGCUUUUGAAUGCACUUAUUGUUACAGACAAUUUGAAAGCAAACCAGAGCUCAUUAGCCAUUUCAAAGCGCAUAUAAUUUGUAAAAGCAUCUUUGAAUGUCCUUAUUGUAAGGCAACAUUUGAGGAAAGUGAAAAAUUUGAAUGUCAUCUUCAAACACAUGUUGAUGAAUUAGGAACACCCUUUGGAUGCCACUACUGUGACAAGAGAUUUUCAAAAAAAGAGCAUUUGAUUGAGCAUGUUAAAAACCAUUCUAAAGCUAUGCCAUAUGAAUGCUCUCUCUGUCCCACAAAGAGAUUUAAGAACGAGGCUUACCUGAGAGACCAUAUGAGACUGCAUAACAAGGACAAAUAUUUCCAGUGCACAUAUUGCAAAAGAAAGUUCACACAUAAAUUUGCCUUGAAAAAACAUAUUGAAACUCAUGCCAAAGAGAAACCUUUUGGUUGCUCUAAUUGCAAGAAGAGAUUCAUGUACAAGUCAAGUUUAGAAGCUCAUAUUGCAGUUCAUGUUGAAAAAUAUCAAUGUACUCACUGUGAAGAAGAGUUUGCAGACAAAAAGAGUUUAGUUGAUCAUCGUGAAAAACACUUGGGUGAAAAACGUUUUAGGUGUUCGUAUUGCGCAAAGAAGUUCCGAACCAAUAGUAAUUUAAUUGUCCAUCUCAGAAUCCAUACCAAGGAAAAGCYUUUCGAAUGUUAUGACUGCCAUAAAAGGUUUACCUACAGGCAAUCUUUUGAAAAUCAUGUCACAAAACAUCAUAGAACAGAUGUAACACCUUUGGAAUGUUCCUACUGCAAGAAAACAUUUCUAACACAAACAGAUCUCAAAGAUCACCUCCGUACUCAUAUCCAAGACAAGAAUUUUGAGUGUUUGUCUUGCCAUGAAAAAUUCAGAACAAAACAAAUUCUAAAGAGCCACAUGAGGACACACACCGUGGAUAAACUGUUUGAAUGUUCGUUUUGCGGGAAGAAAUUCAGAGAGAUAUGCAAUUUAGACCAACACAUGAGAAUACACACCGGAGAAAAGCCCUUCCAGUGCCCCUAUUGUGAGAAAAAGUUCACCAGAAAUUCACACUUAAAAAGUCACCUCAGAGUACACACGAGUGAAAAGGCUUUUGAGUGUUCUUACUGCAAGAAAGACUUUAAAGACAGGUUCAAUUUGCGUAAACAUAUGGUAAGACACACUGGAGAAGAAAUAUAUGCCUGUCCACAUUGUGAAAAAGAAUUUACUUAUAAAACUGGAUUAUCUCGUCACCUCAGGUUGAACAGAUGCCCUUCUCAAAUGCCUUAUGAAUGCCCUUAUUGCAAGUUGAGGUUCAGUGAUAAAAACAGUUUCGAUCGCCAUACAGCUCUCCAUACUAGGAAAAAUAUAUGUCCACUCUGUAAGAAAGAGUUUAGUGAAAGAAGCAAUAUGAGGCGCCACAUAAAAAAGCAAAGCUGUCUCAGGAAAGGCCAAAAAAAUAGUGAUUCAGAUUAUGAACCACAGUAAAAUGAAUGCACAGAAAUUGAAAUGCCAUCAGUUUUUUAUUGAUUAUUUUAUUCAGCACUGGUUUGGCCAAGUCUGGCCAAGUGUCACUGGAGCCAGGCUAGAAAGCUUGGCUAUGCAGCCUAAUAAUGUAUAGCUAAUUUUCGUCCAGUGUGUUCUUAGUCAAGCUAGUAUUCUAGAUUUCCUCAUGCUGAUUCAUUGUUUAAUUAAGCAAACUCAAGAUGAAACUUGUAGAUUAGAGAUUCAAUUUUCUGAAUGAUUUAACAGAAUUUAAUAUGGAAUUUACUGUACAUAAUAAUAGGGGUGCCAAUUUACUAUUUUUCUUUUGUUUGUUUUUGCUUAGUUUUAUUUUGCAUGUGUGUGUUUGUUGGUUUUUUGUUGUUGUUGUUGUUGAUUUUUUGCAUAUUUGAGUCUCAAUUUUUCACCUCAUUUUGUCUCAAUCCCAAUUUUGAAUAGAACCUUAAAUCUCAUUUUGGUUAUUUUUUAUGAUUAUUAUUUAAUUGAAAAUAUUAUUUAUAUAAUUAUUUAAUAAUUUAAUAUUAUAUUAAAAUAUAGUGAGAACAAAUGAUGAUUAUUAUAAAGAGAAAUCUUUAGAGAAAUGCAAUAUUACUCUGUCCUUUAGAGUUCUGUAGAUCAACAAAAUAAGUGAUACUACUGUAGUACAAUAUUGCCGAGGUCUUAAUAAUAAUGACUGCUAUUUUUCAGAAAUGCCACAGAACAGUGAAAUCAUGUGGCAAUUGAAGAUGUUCUCUAUGAUAUGAAUAUUGUGAUGUUUCUAAAACUAUAUUUUAUUUAACAAUUAGAUAUGGAAUAACUUAUUUAAUGUGACUAUUUGAUUAUUGAGUGACAUUUAAUUAGCCCUAGGAAUAAUAAUAAUUUAUGAAUGGCAUCCUGGUUGAUUCCAUUAAGCAAUUAAUAUUAAUUUUGUGAUUAUGUAGAUAAUAAUUAUUUUUGUAUAAUAAAAAAUA